AUGUCGCCACUACGCAAGCAACCCCAAAGAAAGGCUAAAGUUGCAAUCAAGGCUUACUAUGAUAAUUCCAAGAUAUCAUUUGCUGCAGGGCCUCAAAAGUAUCACCGCGAGCCCAUGGUGGGAGGCAUUGACAAAUGUCCUUUGAUGCCGUACUGGAAUUCAGACCAACUUCCGGACUUUGAAAACUAUCUAAAGGUCCAUGUCAAUUGCAAUCACAAGAGUUCAACCGCAAGUGAUCGAAAUCGAUGGAAGCGAGAGGACGCUCGCAAACGAUUGGACUUACACCGUUGGACCCAGGCCAGCCUUGCCAUCUGGCGUUCAAAGAAGCAGGCAGAGGCUCAUACCAACUUCUUCUUUCUCAAGGGUGCUCUUGCCGACGUACAAAACUACGGGCCGGACUGGCUUUUCACCCCAGAAGAUUACAAACUAGCUCAUAAAGUCCUCCGGAGUUCAUCCAAUGCAGAACAAUACUAUGAACAACCUGAGGAGGAGAGAAAACAAUGGCUUGAGGAGCAAUUGUUCGAGGCUCGCAAUGGUCACGAUAGCCAUUCUAUGCACAAUUUAACAUGGUAUAAGCCGUAUUGA